UCACUAAAUUCUACUACUGAAACCAGUAUUACACUGUAUGUUAACUAACUAGAAUUUAAAUAAAAAUUUGAAAAAAACUACACACAUACCUAGACAGAUAUAAGUGAAUUAUUGAAACUCAAAGAAAACAAGAAAAUUCCAAAAAGCAGCCAGGACAUAACAUUCAAAAUUAUACUGAUUUGUCUUGAAUUAUAGCGACCAAAAACAGUAGAACCAUGUCCUGAAGAGGCUGAAAGAUAACAACUCUCUCCCCAUAUUUCUAUAUCCAAUAAAAAGAUCCUCCAAGAAUGAACUUCUCUGAGGAAGUAGCAUUUAAACAAAAUAUUCCACUUUAAAAAAAAGAAAUGUUUCCAUAGUUUCCAUAUGUGUCCAUAUGUCUAUGAUGAGUAUAUAAAACUUCAAUGAAUGGUUACUUGUGGUAGGCUAAUAAUGGCUCCCAAAGAUAUGUUCACAUCCCAAUCUCUGGAACUUGUCACCUUAUUUGAAAGAAGGGUCCAUGCAGAUUAAGUUAAAGAUCUUGAGAAGAGGUGAUCAUUUGGGGACUUUGGCUCAGUGAAAUUGGUGUUGAACUUCUGGCCUUCAAGUCUGUUGUUUUAAGGCACCAAGUUUGUGGAAAUUUGUUACAGCAAUCCCAGAAAACUAAUAUGAUAAUAUAUUCCCCUGUCACAUUGAUCAUGUGAAGGGAAGAUAGGAGGUAGCAGAUAGAAGUGGAAAGGAAGUUAGGAAUAUGAAUAUAUACCACAAUACACUUUAUAUAAAUGAAAAAUAGUUGGGUGCAAAAUAAGAGUAUACAUUUUAUGAAGAUAUAUACAAACAAAAAGAUUUGUAUUAAACAUGCAAGAAUGGGGUGUCUGGCUGGCUCAUUGGGUAGAGCAUGCAACUCUUAAUCUUGGGGUUGUAAGUUUGAGCUCCACAUUGGGUGUAGAGAUUACUUAAAAAUAAAAUUUAAAAAACAUGCAGGAAUGAUUGCUGAUGCAGGGGAUGAAAAUGGGGAUAGAGAGAAAUAAAUGACAAUAGAAAUGAAAAAUUCAGCUGAAGGACUGGAAGAUAAAGUAGGGGGAAAUUCCUAUAAGAUGGACCAAGAACAGUAAGAGAUGAAAAGUAGAAGAGAAAAAGAAUAAUAGGAGGGCCACUCUAGAGGACCCAAUAUCUGCAUAAGGAGCAGUCCAGAAAGAACAAAAAAGGAAAUGUAAUCAUCAAAGAAAUAAUUCAAAAAAAUUUCCCCUUUAUGGUUUGAUGUUAGAUUGGAGAGGGACUGUAGAGUACAUUGUGAUUGGAGAAGCUAGUGGGGGUUAGAAAGUAAGAUUCUGGAAAGCCACUUGAAAGAAGCUGGGCUACAGCUAAUCCUUCUAUUUUGAAUGGCUCUAAAGACUCUUCUUACCUACCCAAGGAAUUUCUGCAUAAACUUCAAGACCCAAGGUAACAUCUCUUCCUCAGGAAGCCAUUCUGGCCUCACUUAGCCAAAGUGGAGGUAUGCUACUUGAGGCUGGAUGGAGGCUCAUUCAUCUCUAAAUUCACAAUGACUGAAACAAGGUGAUGACCCUCCAGGAAAUGCAAGAGAGACACCCAGACAGCUUUCAAGAGAACAGCUCUUUGUACUGAUAUCAGCAGCUUCCAUUAACUUGGGUUCUAUGAUGUGCUAUUCUAUCCUUGGACCCUUUUUCCCCAAGGAGGCUAAAAAGAAAGGAGUCAGCAAUACAGUUACGGGUAUGAUCUUUGGAUGUUACGCUUUGUUUGACUUGCUGGCAUCUUUGGUAUUCGGAAAAUAUCUUGUACAAAUUGGAGCAAAAUUUAUGUUUGUAGCAGGAAUGUUUGUCUCAGGAGGAGUUACAAUUCUCUUUGGUGUAUUGGAUCAAGUUCCAGAAGGACCAAUAUUUAUUGCUAUGUGUUUUCUAGUGAGAGUGGCAGAUGCAGUCAGCUUUGCGGCGGCAAUAACUGCUUCUUUUUCCAUUCUUGUAAAGGCUUUUCCAAAUAAUGUGGCUACGGUGUUGGGAAGUCUUGAGAUUUUUUCUGGACUGGGACUAGUGUUAGGGCCUCCUUUAGGUGGCUUCUUGUAUCAAUCCUUUGGCUAUGAGGUGCCUUUUAUUUUUCUGGGAUGCAUAGUUCUGCUGAUGGUACCACUCAACGUGUACAUUUUACCUAAUUAUGACUCUGAUCCAGGCGAACACUCAUUCUGGAAACUCAUCACUUUACCCAAGGUCGCUCUCAUAGCCUUCGUCAUCAACUCGCUCAGCUCAUGUUUUGGCUUCCUUGAUCCUACUCUGUCUCUCUUUGUUCUGGAGAAGUUUAAUUUACCAGCUGGAUAUGUGGGACUGGUAUUCCUGGGUUUGGCACUAUCCUAUGCCAUUUCUUCACCAUUGUUUGGACUACUGAGUGAUAAAAUACCACAUCUGAGGAAAUGGUUUCUGGUUUGGGGAAACAUAAUUACGGCAGGAUGCUACAUGCUCUUAGGACCUAUCCCAGUCUUGCACAUUAAAAGUCAGCUCUGGCUGCUGGUGCUAAUAUUAGUCCUGAACGGUAUCUCUGCAGGAAUGAGUAUAAUCCCAACUAUCCCGGAGAUCCUCAGUUGUGCGUACGAAAAUGGCUUUGAAGAGGGAUUAAGCACCUUGGGACUCGUGUCAGGUCUCUUCAGUGCAAUGUGGUCAGUUGGUGCUUUUAUAGGACCAACACUGGGUGGAUUUCUGUAUGAGAAAAUUGGUUUUGAAUGGGCAGCUGCUGUCCAAGGCCUUUGGGCUCUAACAAGUGGACUAACGAUGGGCUUGUUUUAUCUGUGGGAGCACUCACGGAGAAGAAGAUCUAAACUCCAAAAUAUCCUGGGUACAGAGGAGGAACGGACUGCCCUCUUACCUGAUGAAAUCUAGCCUUAAGAAUUCUGGAUCCAUACGCAUUGGGAGAAGGAUGCUCCUGGCCUUGAACAUCAAAGUUAAAAGGGUGUUCUUAAUAUUAUACACAAAACUCCAUGGACUCUAUACAAGUCUCAAUGCAUUUUUGGAUUGUCCUGUGUUGGGCUGUCCUGAAAAGCUGGCCUGCUAAACCAGCCAUAUUUGCAACAUUAAGUAUGAGAAGAGCAGUUGAAAAUCAGCAAAAGUUUGUGUUUUGAGGUGAUCAGAUUUGCCAUUGAAGAGGUUAUUGACUCUCGAUCUCCUGUUUCCUCUGUUUACUUUUUAAGUGCACUAAUUCUGUGAAUGUACCUUUUCUUUAUUAACAGGGAAAUAAAUGAAUUAGUUUGAUAUGCUUAAAAGUAAUAUAAAGAUUACUCAAAAUGUAUAGAGUAAUUACUGUGAAAUCAGUUUUUAAAAGGCAUGCUUUCUCUGUGUCCUAAGAUUUUUGUUCUUGUUCAAAAGGCAAAAUUUCUGCCUCCCAUGCAAAAACUCUAUAAAAUUCCCAGGCCCUCAGCUUUUCUAGAAGUAUUGUUUUUGUGAGAGGUAUAAGAAUAACAUGACUUCAGACUUCCCUUUUUGUAACAUACUUUGAAUUAGGAUAUGGAUUUAUAAACAAUGCUUAGUGAACAUUAUCCAUUUCCCUUAUUGUCCCUAUUUCAGUUCUACCACCUGUUGUUCUUGUUUUUUUUUUAAACAUAUUUCUGGUAGAUGUAUCCCAUUCCCAGAGCAAGUGAGCUCACAGGAAUGCUUAUUGUAUUCUAGGGAAUGGAUUCAUCUGAUUUCAAGUGCAAUCCAUGCUGUUGCUUGAUAUGAGUGAAUCCCUCUUGUGUCAUUCUCAUACCUCCUGAUGUGUUUUCAUGCAGUAGUAGCCACAUUUACACUUUUUUUAAAUAAAAGUAAUGGUUUUAUCUGUGUAUUAAUUCAAAAAGAUUUAUUGAGUGACUUCUCUGAACUGACACGCUGCGAGAUGCUAAGAAUUUAGGUGUGAUCAAAAUAAACACAAUCUCUGCUUUUACGGAACUUA